AUGGAGAAACCUCUGGAGUCUAGCUCCCCGGUUCCCGGGCCCGAAGAGGACGCUAGGAACCCCGAGGGGUCGCUUCCCCACGUGUCGGAGGGCUGCGCCCGGCCCUUGCAGGCGACCCCGAAGAAACUCUGUGGGUAUCUGAGUAAGUUUGGCGGUAAAGGACCCAUCCGGGGCUGGAAGACCCGCUGGUUCUUCUACGACGAGAGGAAAUGUCAGCUGUAUUACUCGCGGACGGCGCAGGACGCCAACCCCUUGGACAGCAUCGACCUCUCCAGUGCGGUGUUUGACUGCAAGGCGGACGCUGCGGAGGGGACGUUCGAGAUCAAGACUUCCAGCCGGGUGAUUACCCUCAAGGCUGCCACCAAGCAAGCGAUGCUGUACUGGCUGCAGCAGCUGCAGAUGAAGCGCUGGGAGUUCCACACCCAUCCGCCGGCACCUCCCACCGCUGCCGACGCUGCCCCGCCUGGGAACGGGCCCACCCUGCGCAUCGAGCUAGGCUUCCCUUCCCCUGCCCAGGAGCUGGUACGGAUCCUGCACAAGGCGCUGGAGGCGGCCCAGCUGGAGAAGAGGGCAGCAAGCGCGUUCCUGAUGGCGGCCGAGGACAAGGACCGACUGGAGCUGGUGCGCCACAAGGUGCGGCAGAUCGCGGAGCUGACCAGGCGAGUGCAGGCCCUGGAGCAGGAGCGGGACGGCCUGGUGCAGACGGCGAGCCUGCAGGAGCAGCACGGGCGAGCCCUGCAGCAGCAGGUGCAGCUGCUUCUCGACAAGAACGAGGCCAAACAGCAGGUCAUCUGUAAGCUCUUCAAGGAGGUCACCCGGGACGUGCUGCAGCCCCCUGGCCAUGCGUCCGGAGAGGCUGCCGACAGGGACUUCCUGAGCCAGCAGGAGCAGCUGGAGCACCUGAAGGAUGACAUGGAGGCGUACCGGACCCAGAACCGCUUCCUCAACGCUGAGAUCCAUCAGGUCACAAAGAUCUGGAGACAGGUGGCUGAGAAGGAAAAGGUCCUGCUGACAAAGUGUGCCUACCUCCAAGCCAAGAACUGCCAGCUGGAGAGCAAGUACCUGGCGGGGCUGCGGAGGCUGCAGGAGGCCAUGGGGAGCGAGGCUGGCGAGUGCUCGGAGCUGCUGAAGCAACUUACCGAGGAGGCACUGCAGUGGGAGGCCAGCGAGGCCACAGCUGACGGCGUUGGACUGAGCCCCAUCAGUGAGUACGAUGAGUAUGGCUUCCUGACGGUGCCCGACUACGAGGUAGAGGACCUGAAGCUGCUGGCCAAGGUCCAGGCCCUGGAAGUCCGCUCCCACCACCUGUUGGCUCAGGAGGGCCGGCCGCUGCAGGAGCGCUGGGCUACCCUGGGGGAGCUGACGCCCUCAGCUGAGCUCAAGCAGCUGCUGCGGGCAGGCGUGCCCCGAGAGCACCGGCCGCGGGUCUGGAGGUGGCUUGUCCAGCUCCGCGUGCAGCACCUGCAGGCCCCUGGCCAUUACCAGAAGCUGCUGACCCGGUGCCAGACCUGUGAGCACCCCGCUGCCCGUCAGAUUGAGCUGGACCUGCACCGCACCUUCCCCAACAACAAGCACUUCACCUGCCCCACCUCUGGCUUCCCCGACAAGCUCCGCCGGGUGCUGCUGGCCUUCUCCUGGCACAACCCCACCAUCGGCUACUGCCAAGGCCUGAACAGGCUGGCGGCCAUUGCUCUGCUGAUCCUGGAUGAGGAGGAGAGUGCCUUCUGGUGCCUGGUGGCCAUCGUGGAAACCAUCAUGCCGCCUGACUACUACAGCAAGACACUGACGGCAUCCCAGGUAGACCAGCGGGUGCUCCAGGACCUGCUCUCAGAGAAGCUGCCCAGGCUGAUGGCCCACCUGGGGCAGCACCACGUGGACCUCUCCCUCGUCACCUUCAACUGGUUCCUUGUGGUCUUUGUGGACAGUCUCAUCAGUGACAUCUUCCUCCGAAUCUGGGAUGCCUUCCUGUACGAGGGGACCAAGGUGGUGUUCCGUUACGCCUUGGCCAUUUUCAAGUACAACGAGGAGGAGAUCCUGAGACUGCAGGACGGCCUGGACAUCUACCAGUACCUACGCUUCUUCACCAAGACCAUUAGCAACAGCCGGAAGCUGACAAGCAUCGCCUUCGCAGACAUGAACCCCUUCCCCAUGAAGCAACUGCGGCAGCUGCGGGCAGCCCACCGGGAGCAGCUGGAGGCUGAGCUGCAGGAGCUGGAGCGGUUCAAGGCCGAGUACUUGGAGAGCCGGGCCUCCCAGGGCCGAGCAGUGGCCGAGGGCUGUGCCGGCGAGGGCGAGGGCGAGGGCGAGGGCGAGGGGGAGGGGGAGGCCUGA